AUGGAAUUCUACAACACACACCAGAUUCAGCAGCUAGCGCCGCUUGUGACGCUAUCUUUGCAUGACACCGAUGCUGCAGCUCAUUUGAAAUCACAUUUGCAGAAAUCAGACAUUGCCAAUUGCAUCUGGGACAACAGCAUACUCAAGAACCGUCUACUGAGUGCCAAAUACGUGCUUCAGUUUUGUGACGAGGCCGACGCCAGAGCGAAGAUCGAAAGAAAGCCAAAAGAAGAAGGCACCCACUCGGCCACGUCGCCGUUCAACGCAGAUAGUGACCUUUUUCCAAACGGCAUACUCUCGGAAAAGUGGUUCACCAAAUACACACAGAGCUUGCCUUUUGCGCUCGUGCAAAUACACAUUUUGGGUGAUCCUGCGGACGACGAGGCCUUGGGAGAAGAACUAGCCGCUCAAAGGCAACGCUAUGCCGAUUGGCGGGUCAAGUAUGUGGCUGUAUUGCUCUCGGAUGGAGACCCCAUAGUGGACCAGGACAGGAUCGACAAACUACGCUUGCUCUCGGGGCUUCCUCGGCUCACGGGUAUUUUCUAUCUCAAUUCGGACAAGGACACCUUGGAGAGAGACUGUGGGAUCCUUGCAUCAAGUCUAUUCAACAACUUGAAGGCUCCAGCUGCAGACUUCUACUCUGGCAUAGAGGCUAGACUCAAGCAGAGGUACAAGAAGUACUACACAAUGCCUUCGUAUGAUGCCGUGGACACCAAGGUCGACCUUACACCCAAGGUGUUGGAGGUGAGGAACAUGAUCAAGCAGGCGAUAAUCCUUCAGCUCAUACACCCACACAAUGUGGAGUCCAGCUUUGCCAUGUUGGAGUCGUCCUACGAGCGACUCAUUGAUUUGACUGCGGACCAUGCUGACGUGUUCUUUAGUGAGUCGGUUUCGGAGCACGAUACUCGGUUGUACGCCCAGUUCAGGCAGCUUUUGGAUGUCAUAGCGAUCCACCUCAUACGUGGGUACCUCUCCACCGAAGAGCCCACCGCUGCAUUGAGAAAGCAUGAAGCACACAUUGCCAACGUUCUUUCGCUUUGUAAGGACCAGUCCAAAUCAGACAAUGCCGCCUGGGUUUCUGUUCAGUACCAGUGGCUUGCGGAGUUGAUGCAAAUGGUGCCUCCUUCUGUUCUCAGUGACCUCGAGUUGAGCCACCAAGUCAAGCAGAAGUCUUAUCAAAAUAGCGUUGCCUACUUUGGCGGCUCCACGUUCCACGAUACAUUCAAUUCUACCAUCACCACCCAGGCCUUUUUGAUCUUCCUUAAGGCGUUCACCAAACUGAAGGAGACGGAAGUGGGUCAGAUCCAGCUCCCUUAUUUGAAGAAGCUCGAUAGUGCUAAGGAGCUACAGAGCAGAAGAAUUGGACUUUUGGGUAUGGCCAAGGAUGCACUCCAAGCAAAGGCACAAGACAACCAGCUCGAUGGUGUUCUGAGCUAUUUGGACUGGCUUUUGGCUGAGGAGCAGUUUUACAACGAACAGUAUGAGGAUGCCGAGCAGACUUAUCGUGCAAUCUUGGAUAAAAAGCUCCCGCAUGGGUGGAGAAGUAUAAGACAGCUACUCACGCAACGUCUUGUUGACAUCUACAAGAAGCUCAAUUCUAGUGACAAGCUCAUUGAGACUGUCACUGUAUUGGCAUCCCAAAAAGGUGUUACUCAUGGUCCAUCCAUUGAGAAGCUCACAUUGGACCGGUCUGCUGAAAUCAAUUUUGACUCUAGGGAAAACUUCUUCACUGUGGAGGUCAACUUGUUCAACUCGAACUUGAAGAAAGAGUUCUUUGCAUUUGACACCAUCGUCACUCAGUUAGCAUUCAGCCAGACCUUUUCAACCGGUCAAUUACAAGAAUUCGUCACCAAUGGCACAGCACAGCUUUCUAUUGAAAAGGUUGUUGUCAACUACGAAGGGCGUCCAAUCCUGAUCAAAAACCAAGAGGCAGGGAACAAUUUCAGUCAAGUGCAGCUUGGGGAUGUGUCAGAGUACAAUGCCGAUCUUUCAAUAACCGACAACAGUCACACCCUACAAAUUCUCGACGAAGUUAUAGAGCCUUGCAAGUACAAAAUCGAGUCAGUGGAAAUAUCCUCCGUGUUCACCAUCAAAGCAAGUGGCCAUACUGUCACCUUGAGAAAGUCAGAGAUCCACUCUCUUUUGACCAGCAGAAACCAAGCUCAAUCGUUCACGGCUUUGAUUAAAGAUGGCGACAGUUUGAAGCGAAACGUUAUUCGUGCUCAGGGCCAGGAUGCCUUCGAAUGCACAGUUCAACCCUACAAGCCAGAUGUCAGUGUUGAUUUGUCUCAGCCACUUGCUUCCAUCAUUAUGGGUGAAAAGAUCGAGAUACCACUUAGGAUAUCUUGCAACAAGGCACCCAGCCACAAGGCAAACUUUUCAUCGUUGAAUAUUCAGCUCAAGAGCAGACUUCUAGAAGGCGAGCAAGAACAGGAGUAUCUCGUUCCUCAGACGAACUGGAAGGACUUGAAAGACGACGAGGACUUGAGUAUUCUCGAUCUGUUUGGUGAAAGUGAUGGUAACGUUGAAAGUUCAAUUCAAGUGAGCAUACGCAAACCACCAAGUAUGCUGCCAAAACUGGACAUCAAACUUGUGCUUGAGAUGCAAUUGCUAGUGGGAGAGUCCAACAAAUCCUUAUCGGUAUACGACCUCAAGGUCAUUGAUGUGCCUGUUCUCUGGAGGCCUUUCCUGACUAAACUCGGCGUCACUCCUCGGUAUAGAGAAGACUCAUCGCUUGAUAUGAAGAAUCCGUUUAUUUUGUCAGACAAGGAAGGAGAUGUGGACAAGAACCUAUCGAUGCCUUCUCCUUCCCGUGUUUGGGCAGCUGAAGCAACCAUCAAAGAUACCCAUCAACUUGUUGAGAAGAACUCCAUAACCAUCAAACGUUGUCUAUUCACAUUGAGAUCGAAGAACCCAGAGGUGGAGGUGCAAACCAUCGAAGAUGUUCGUCAAAGCGCUUUACAUGCAUCUCAAGUGUUUGUGUCAAAUUCCCGUCAUCGGUACUCGCAUAGGCUGAUUGGCGUUGCUGUGUCAGCACUCUACAUUUGGACAAGAGGUGAAAAUGGUCCUGAGAACGAAUUUGAAACAGACGAAUGGGAAGUCUCUUUACCUUUACAAGAUCCAAGGGUGCUUUUGCAUUCUGCUGUGACAGAAGACGGAAAGACGGUUCUCAAGUACGUCAUCGAGAACCCCACAUCGAGAAUCUUCACCUUCACGACAACCUUGACUACAGAGGAGAGUGCUCUUCGUGGAGUGAACUGGAGAUUUGAGGACGACAGCAAUAUCGUUCCCUUGAAGCAAGGCGCUUUCCCUGUAUUGCCCUUUAGCAGACAUGAGAUGGUGUUCACUGGAACCUACGAGGUCGAUGAGGAUGAAGCCAUUGAGCAGGUGGAGCUUCCGCAAAUGCAUGUGUACGACCUAAACUACAAGGUGAGCCUUCCAACGCUUCCCGUUAGCGAGAGCGUGGUUGCCCAGGGUGAGAGGUUGUACAUGAAGACGUAG